UGUGGCUGGUACCGAGAAUGAUGACGACGACUUGUACCUUCCUUUCAUGACAUUACUUCUUCUUUUUUUAAUCACAUUCCCCUUUCUCUACUCUCUCUCUCUCUCUCGACUCUCGCGUGCAAAUUUUCCAACUUAAGAAAAUGAAAAAUAAGUAAAUUACUGAUCAAACCAACCCCUCUCUCUCUCUCUCUCUCUCUCUUCUCGCUGUGACUGUGCGACGAAAAUGGCAUCAGCAGCAGGGUCUCCACCGUCGCCGCCACUCCAAGACAACGUCGACGCCGAGCGCCGCCUACGGGAAGCCGAGGACCGUCUCCGCGAAGCCAUAGAGGAGCUCCAGCGCCGCCAGCGCAAGGCCGGAGCUGCCGCCCGCUCCUCUCCCCACCACAACCAGCCACAGCAUUGCCCGCCCUGCUGUGACCAUGCGGCCUACGAACCGUCGUGCGUUGCCAACGCCAUCGGCAACCUCUGCCAAACCUUCCUCCUCUCCUACGGCGUCCGCGUCGGCAUCGGCAUCCUCCUCCGCGCUUUCAAGCUCGCUCGCCGCCAGUCCUACUCUUCCCUCAUCGAUCUCAAGCAACUUGUGUCAGAGAAAGAUCUGAUAGUAAGAGAGGAAGCAUGUCGAAUCGGAUUGUUUUUCGGUGGCUUUACAGGAUCUUAUCAAGCUCUUAGAUGUUUGUUGAGAAAAUUGAGAAAGAAAGAGACGCCAUUCAAUGCCAUUUUAGCAGGUUCAAUUGCUGGUUUGUCAAUUUUAGCCCUAGAUGAUUCUAAUCGGAGGCGCACACUUGCUUUAUAUCUUUUGGCUAGGCUAGCCCAGUGUGCUUAUAAUUCUGCAAAGUCGAAGAACAAGUUUCACUUUUGGGGAAGCCAUUGGAGGCAUGGAGAUUCUUUACUCUUUGCUUUUGCAUGUGCACAGGUUAUGUAUUCAUUUGUAAUGCGUCCUGAGAGCUUGCCAAAAUCAUAUCAAGACUUCAUUCAGAAGACUGGGCCAGUAGCACGGCCUGUAUACAAGGCUGUAAGAGACAGCUGUAGAGGUUUCCCAGUCGAUGUGGGCUCACUCUCUGCUUACUUAUCCGGCAGAAGGAAUCCCAACUAUGUAAAGUUGGAAGAAUUUCCCGCCAUUAUUCCUUGUUCUGUUAUUCAUCCAGACACAAAUUCAUGUUUGACUCACAAUGCAAAUGCAGCAUCAGCUACAUUCAGGAAAACAUUUCCACUUUACUUCUCUUUGACCUUUGUACCAUUUGUUGUUCUGCACCUGCAAAAGUUCAUGGAUGCCCCUGCUCGUACCUGCUGGCUUGCUCUUAAGGGGGCUGUUCGCUCCACAACAUUUCUGUCAGCUUUUGUUGGAAUUUUUCAGGGAGUGAUAUGCUCGCAUAGAAAGGUUGCAUCAAAAGACCACAAGAUUGUAUAUUGGAUCGCAGGCGGUAUGGCAGCCCUUUCUGUAUUAUUGGAGAAAAAAGCUAGGCGCAGUGAACUUGCCUUGUAUGUUCUUCCACGAGCAGGAGAUUCACUGUGGUAUAUUUCAGUGAACCGCCACCUGCUUCCAGAUAUUAAGAAUGCAGAGGUGUUUUUAUUUUGUAUUUGUAUGGGAGGAAUCAUGUACUACUUGGAACAUGAACCAGACACCAUGGCUCCAUUCCUCAGGGGCUUGAUUCGCCGCUUCCUUGCCAGCAGAAUUAGCAGUCCUGGCCUUUCGUCAAAUCGUAAUGCUUCCUCCCAAUAUUUGCAAACUCUUGAUGCCAUAAAGAAACCAAAAUUGCAAGAUAAUGGGCAGGCUGAAGCUUCGCCUUUGCAAAAAUACAAUCUUGAAUCAAUACAAGGGCUAUAAGUUUGCCACAGAGGAGUGGGGUCGGGGCUGGGCUGGGCAAUACACCCCUGAGAUUUUUUUUUUUUUUUGCGUUAUAGAUUAUUGAAAAUCUUAGGAUGCGAUUAUAUUCAAUAAUCGUGAGUUUUAUAGCAAUUUCUUAUUAUUAAUAUAUCAUUUUGUAUAAAACUCAACAUGAUCACAUGAACUUCAGCGUUUGAUUUCUCUUCCAUGAUUUUAAGAGAAUUGUUGAAUGUUUACACAAUUCUAGGAAUACAAUUGAAAGAAAGUUGUUGGAAUGUUUAA